ACUGCUGAAGAGUCCCCACAUGAACAUGGACAUCGCCACAGUAAAUGCUCUGUCUUAUGAGGAUUUUGUUAAUAUUUUGGGAAAUGUGGUGGAGAAAUGUCCCAUUAUAACUGCUGCUGUGUGGUCGCAGCGUCCCUUCUUAAAUUUGAGUGCUUUAGAGGCUGCAAUCAGUGAAUUCAUUGAUGCUCUCCCAGAAUCAGGUAAGGAGGGUAUCCUCAGGUGUCACCCGGACCUCGCGGGCAGGGACCUCCAGAGCGGAACCUUGACCCGGGAGUCGCGCGAGGAGCAGGCAGGAGCUGGGAUGGACGCGCUGACCUGCGCGGAAGCCUCGCGCAUGGGCCGGCUCAACAAGGAGUACAAGGAGCGCUUCGGGUUCCCGUUUGUCAUCUGCGCCCGGAUGAACGACAAGGCCAACAUAUUACAGCAGCUGUCCGCGCGCGUUCAGAACGAGCGCGCGGUGGAGAGGGCGCGCGGCAUCGAGGAGGUGAAGAAGAUAUGUCGCCUGCGCCUUCAAGGUGUCGUGCUUACUGACCCUCCUAACAAGUUAUGAACUUCUGAUAACUGGAGUUUAUAUAGUAUUUUUCCUUUGUGUAACCACGUUAAGACUGUCAUUGUUCCAGGGUAUGUAUAGACUGUGAUAUGUACUUUAUUCCAAAUUUAUUUUGGGUGUUAUUCAUGCAUCAUACCGCACAAUGAAUUCUUCAAUAAAAUGUAUCUCAAUUGUAAUUUAACAAUUUAUGCUGCCUAAAAUAUAUACAAGUGGCCAUCAAAAACAUACUAAAUAGUCAUUAACACAUAUAUACAUUCAUGAGCUUCUUUGUGUCAGAUAUUAUCAGUGAUGGACAGUAACAAGUACAUUUAUUUAGGUACUGUAAUUGAGUAUUUAAGUACCUGUACUUUA